AUGUCUCACAUCCCCCGCAUCGAUGUCCAUCACCAUAUCAUCCCUCCUCAGCUUCAAGGAGUGGCUGCUGGUCUGAAAGGCAUGGAAGUACCCAAAUGGACCGUUGAAAGCGACAUAGCCUUCAACAAGACAUACAACAUUGGGUCGGCGAUUUACUCAGCCAGUACACCUGGAGUCACUCACAUCACUGAUCCAGAGAAGAGUGCGACAGUCGCUCGGCAGAUGAACGAGUAUAAUGCUCAACUCCGGGACGAAAACCCCAAAAAUGGAUUCUUUGCCACGGUACCCUCUCUACAGUACACAGAGCUGGUUCUACAAGAGCUACGCUACGCGUUCGACAUUCUCAAGGCAGACGGAAUCACACUCUUCACUAGCUACGCCACACCUGAAGGAUAUCUUGAUCACGCGGAAUAUGUGCCAGUCUGGAAAGAGCUCAAUCGUCGCAAAGCAGUGGUCUUUGUUCACCCCAUUAAUAACGUCUCUGCAGUGUACUUCGAUCAACGACUUCCUAUGCCUGCCUUUGACUGGCCCCACGAGACUGGGCGUACCGCUAUAGACAUGAUUCUCAACAGACGUCUCCAACAAUUCCCUGAUGUCAAGGUCAUUCUUUCUCAUGGCGGCGGUACCCUGAUCGCGCUCAUCCAGCGAGCCACUAUGAUAGCUCUUCCUGAGUUUGGAGAGACCAUGAGUGCCGAAGAUAUGAUCAGCCAGGCCAAGCAGUUCUACUUCGACACGGCUCUUGCUGGGAGCAAGGAGGUAUUUCCCAUGAUUUUCGAAUUUGCGAAGCCAGGACAUCUGCUUUUCGGGAGUGAUUACCCUCAUGCGCCGGAGCAGUUGAGCAACGGCUUUACCAAGUUUGUGGAUGGGUUUCAGAGGGACGAGGAAAGGAAGAGGGAGAUUUAUUACAAGGCUGCACUGAAAUUGUUUCCCCGCUUGAAUGAAUCUUAUCGUACCUGA